UGAAUGAAGCCCCAAUUACAAGAAUAUACAGAGAGAAGCUAAAAAGUUGCAGAGCAGUGCUUGAGGUAAAUGCUCUAAUGGCGAAUCCACCUAGGACCCGGAAGAGGGUCCUGGCAGUUCUCCGUGCCUCCGAUGGAAGCGCCUAUCAGAAAUGCAACAACUGUGGGGUUUCGGUGGCAGUCGCUCUGGCUGAUAUGCACGAGUGUGAAACCAAGGAGGAGGUGGUGGUAAAGAGGUUCAGAGGUGUGUGUGGGAGGCAAAGCGUUGUGAAACAGAGUUUUGGGGACCAACCCAGAUCGCCUUUUCGGUUUUUCAUAUGCGGAAGUGCAGUUCAACAUAAAAGGGAAAGCUUUGUGAAGACCUGCGAGACUAGAAAUUCGAUUAGCAUUGAUCGAGAUGGGGUUGACACUUGGAAAAACUUGUCCAAGGAGGAGAGGAAACCAUACAUCAGUGAAGCUGAAAGGGUCAACUCUUCUUACUUCAAAGCUUUGCUUGAAGAAAUUAACAAUAUGCAAAAGGUUGACGAUGAGGCAGAUUCAGCAACGGUUGGGAAGUUUGAUCAGUUCUAUGAAGGCUAUGAAGACAGUGAAGAGUCUGAAGACUACGACAACUCUUAUAGCUUUGACAGUAUUCAGUAUGGAGAAACUGAGAGUUUAGACACUUAUGGUGUGCCCUACUGAUUUCCUGAAAUUCAUGAAACCAGAAGUGGUGCAAUCAUGGAUUGUCAAGAAAUCUGGCUGAAGUUGAAGUUUGCACGAGAAGGUCCCCUUUCUUGUCAAUUUUGGCUUAAAGGGGGCCAACCAAUUGGCAAUGGCAGAAAUCUAGAUUAUGACAGAAUUUAUGCCAUUACCUAUUUUCUCAAGGCAAGUCCAUUUGGCUAUUGUACAGUGCAUUAGGGGUUUUGGAUUGUAGCCUAGACUGUACAUAUCUAUUUUCCUUCGUAGUGUUUGGAAGGUUUCGCAUUUGCCAUUUUUUUUGCUCAUUAUUUGAGACAGAGAGCUUGGUACUUCGGUGGAACCCUUUUUUUUUUUUUUUUUUUUUUUUUAAAAAAUGUUCCCUUAAUAUGCUAUGUGAUGCACUAAAGGUAUUCUGUUGUGAGUUCAUAUUUUCUUUUAGGGAAAUCAAGUCCCAAGUCCCAA